AUGUCUUUGUAUGGACAGCUGCUUAGUGCCCGUUGUUCUAAUCCAUGUGAAGUGAGCUGCCCAGAACCUAAUGUCCAGGCUUGCAACGAACCUUGUAUCAGCUCCUGCCCAGACUCAAGAGCAAUUGUGUAUGCACCACCUGUUGUCGUGACUUUUCCAGGACCCAUUAUCAGCUCCUGCCCUCAACACAGUCUUGUGGGAACAGUCCUUCCUGAAAUUCAUGGAGGAGGAGGAGGAGGAGGAGGAGGAGGAGGAGGUGGAGGUGGAGGAAUGGGCUCUGGAGGUGGAGGAAUGGGUUCUGGGGGUGGAGGAAUAUGCUCUGGGGGUGGAGGAAUGGGCUCUGGUGGUUCCUGUGGUGGAGGCAGCAGUAUUGGUGGGGAAAGCUCAUGUGGUGUUGGAAUCUACCGUUUUGGAAGCUUUUACCGCAACUCAUUUGCAGGAUGUGGUAGAAAUUAUUACCCCUAUUUUUCCAGAGGAUAUUAUAGGUAUCGCUAUGGAAACUAUGGGCCAUUCUAA